AUGUCCGGCAUUAGCAAUGAGUCCCAGAUGCUGAUAGCAGCAUCACAGGAUGUUAAGAAAAAUAAAAGCCACAGAAGGAAUGAUGGACAUCAAAGAGAUUGUGCAGGGGAGAAGCAAUAUUCAUGUUCAGUAUGUGGGAAAUGUUUUAAUAGCAAAUCACAACUUAUUCAACAUAACAUAACUCACACAGGAGCGAAGCCAUAUUCGUGUUCAGAAUGUGGGAAAUGUUAUACUCAUCAGCCAAGUCUUAUUAGACAUCAAAGAACUCACACAGGGGAAAAGCCAUUUUCAUGUUCAGAAUGUGGGAAAUGUUUUACUUUUAAAUCAGGUCUUGUUGUACAUCAACAAACUCACACAGGAGAGAAGCCAUAUUCAUGUUCAGAAUGUGGGAAAUGUUAUACUCAUCAGCCAAGUCUUAUUAGACAUCAAAGAACUCACACAGAGGAGAAGCCAUUUUCAUGCUCAGAAUGUGGGAAAUGUUUUACUUUUAAAUCAGGUCUUGUUGUACAUCAAAGAACUCACACAGGAGAGAAGUCAUUUCCAUGUUCAGAAUGUGGGAAAUGUUUUACUCAGAAAUUAGACCUUGAUUUGCAUCAAAGAACUCACACAGGGAAGCAGCCAUUUUCAUGUUCAGAAUGUGGGAAAUGUUUUGCUCAGAAAUCCUAUCUUUUUGUACAUCAAAGAACUCACACAGGGGAAAUGCCAUUUUCAUGUUCAAUAUGUGGGAAAUGUUUUACAUUUAAAUCAGGUCUUGUUAAACAUCAACGAACUCACACAGGAGAGAAGCAAUUUACAUGCUCAGAAUGUGGGAAAUGUUUUGCUCAGAAAUCAGAUCUUGUUAAACAUCAAAGAACUCACACAGGAGAGAAGCCAUUUCCAUGUUCAGAAUGUUGGAAAUGUUUUACUCAGAAAUCAGACCUUGUUGUACAUCAAAGAACUCACACAGGGGAGAAGCCAUUUUCAUGUUCAGAAUGUAGAAAAUGCUUUACUCAGCAAUCACAUCUUAUUCAACAUCAAAGAACUCACACA